AUGGAGAACAUUUUCGCCUCGAAUGCAACAGCCACAAACGGGUCGGUUGCUGAGGACCAUCCCUGCAACGUUCGAUAUAUUAUUCAGCUCAUCGCCAACAUCUUGGUGUUUUUACUCGGAGUGCCCGGUAACUGCCUGAUUCUCCGUGUCUACUGGACCAAGACUCGUACGACAAGCACCGAUAUUCUGAUCAGAGCCCUGGCCUGGGCUGAUCUGGCCGUCUGCUUGCUGAGUAUGAUCCAGGAGAUUAUCGGAAUUUCUCUUAAUUUGGCCGCGGAAUAUUCGAUGUAUUCCUUUCCCCCUGGCCUGGGGCCGCUCAUAGUAUAUGCUGUUAUCAAUGCACUUGCUGACGCAGCGAUAGUCUCGUCAUUCAGUAUCACUGCGGUGAUUGCGGUUGAACGCUAUGACUGCGUAUGCCGUCCGCAAAAACGGAUUGUCAACCCCCGACGGUCUAAGAUAGCUGUUCUGGUCGCAGUAUUGUUCGCAAUUGCUGUUAAUGCUAGACAAAUUGCCCUGGAUGUCUGCUGCAGAGUGUCUUGCGCCGUACCCCCUUCUUUUUUUGACUGGAACAUAGAAACGAUUGUAGAAGUAUUUUCAUAUGUGAUCGCGUUGGUGACAGUGGGUUUGUGUUACGGGAAAGUUUACGCCACCAUCCGUAAACACGUCAAAGUAGGGCCCGCCCAAGUUCCAACUGCACGCGAUGAACGCAGUCCGAGUGAUCUAAGAGUCGGACGUCAAGUUAACUGCUCGACACGACCGACACCACCCCAGCAGAAUAAUGAGUUACUGACACGUAAAUCGAAUGUAAUUGACGAGGCCGUGACGAGGUUCGUAAAUCCACCAAGCACAAGCUCGACAACUCAAGCAAUCUCUUACCAAACGAAAGCCAACGAUGCACGCCCUGCUGUUCGGGUUGUGUCCUUCUCAAAGCAAGACUCUUCUGGCCCUAGCCAACCCAAUGUGAUUCCCGAACCCAAAGCUAAAACUGCGCCCAAAGACGAUACCCCAUCGCAGAGGCAGAGCCGUCCAGAGCCAGGACACGCCCCUCAAAGGGUCGGUGCUGCCAAACUACAGCGUAAGACAACCAGAAUGCUUUUCAUCACCAGUGUGGUGUUUCUCCUGACAUGGCUGCCCUUCCUUGUUGCCGUUGUCCAAUCGUAUGCGACCGCACAUAUUUAUGAUUAUAAAAUAAUUGCGGAUCUUUCGAUUAUUUGUCUGAUCAACAGUGUAGUGAACCCACUGAUUUACGGGAUCGCAAACAGACGAUUUAGGAACGACUGUAAGGAGGUGAUCCGCGAAAUCAAAUGCUUCAAAUGCUGGUAG